AUGCAAUCUACCAGCCGACUCGCUGCUACGGCGGCCGCAUUUGUCGGACUACUCCAAGUCGCCUGUGCCCAAACCAACAUCACGGCCAGUCAAUGUGUGGCUCAGUCUGUGUAUUCCGACUGCAAUCGCAACGUGGCGAACAAGUGGCAAAGCUGUAUCAACUCAUGUAAUGGAAACGGGAACUGCCUCGUGGAUUGUGGGUGUACCGCCCAUCAAGAGUAUAUCAAUUGCAUGGCUCAGUCAUGCUGGAACCAGGUCUACUCCUGCGAAUACCAACUCUUUGUCCAGCAGUACUUUGCUGUCUGCCCAAGUGCCUCAGAGCCCAUCCCCUUCUGGCCUGCUCCAGAUAAUGCCCCAAACCGUUGCUCUUGCAACAUCGGCAAAGUUCUAUCCAAUACCUUAUCUGCUCGCAAUGACCAGGUCAACUGUGCCAGCAAAAUCGCCAACCAGGCCGUGAAUAUCCCCGAUAUCACCAAUAUCAACAACCUGCCAAACUCGGUCCAGGAUAUCGUCAAGACCGCUACGGAAUGUGCAUGCUGUGGUGCUAGUGCCAGUCUUUCUUCCAACUCAUCAUACAAUACUAACCUCUCCCUCUCAUCAACCAGAGCAUGGCAAAUCUGCCCCGACACCCGUCCCACCCUCGCCGGCGCCGACCUGUGGCCUCUCUUCUUCCCCUCCAACUAUCCGAACCUCUACCCCUCCAUCCCCAACUUCGCCUGGUCGGCCUCCACCUGCGACAGCACCCUCUCCCAAACCAACUGCAAGGACCUCGGCUUCUCCGAUGCCAACAACAACUUCUACAAGCCCGGCCAGUUCCCCAGCAACGGCACCAAAACACUGAGCAAUGUCGCCGGCACGGUGACCGUGCCCCCCAGCGGGACCGUCUUGACCUGGUCGCAGGCUUCGUCGACGUACACAGUUACGGCGACGGGGCUGGGGCAGAAGGGUGUUGCUGGUGCGAGUGGAGGUGGCACACAGACUAGCUCGGGUGGAUAUGUGACGCAGACGGAGAAUGCGGCCGUGGGAGGACUGCAGGGUCGGGGUGCUGGAUUCGUGGGGGGUUUAGCUGGGUUGGUGGUUGGAGGGGUGGUGAUGAUGGUUUGA